GCUAGAAGUGGUAUUUUAGUAACUGUGCAUCUCCAACGCACUACUGAAACAGUGCCAAAUAGGACUAUCAUACUAGACAUCAUUGCUUUCAGAUCCUAGGAAACUUGUCAGGAUCAUCAGUUUGAAAUUGUUCUGGAAAUUCACUCUUCAUUUGCUUUCUAUAUUGAUAAAGUAAAAAUGGCUGACAGUCAAGAAACAAAAAGUCCAGGAGAAGCUGAACAAGCAAAAGAACCUCAGGUUGUAAAUGUAGUUGUUGAGCCAGAGAAGAAGCAAGAUGUAUCCUCCCCGGCCGUACCUCAAACACCAGAAGAUCUCUCACAACUGACUCCCGCCAUUAUGGAGUCAUUGUGUUUUGAAGCAGGGAAGAAGUCUGAACAAGAACUGCGCACACACAUUGCUCAGCUACAAGGCCUGUUGGGAAAGGUGAUAGAAUUACUCAAGGACAAGAGCGCAGUCUGCAGUAAUCUUGAGAAACAAAACACAGCUCUCAUGUUACAAAGCAACUCACUGAAGGAUGUGGUGGCCAUCACAAAGGACCUGUUGAGCAUCAGGAAUAUGGAAGUGGAGCAUCUCCAUGUGGACAUCAAGAGUAUGGAGGAGAAAAUCAACAUUGAGCGAGAACGACACAACAACAUGCUCAACAGGAUGUCCGAAGCUGUCAAAUUGAAUGAAAAUUUGAAGGCAGAGUACCAGUCCCAGCUGGGGUUGUUUAACGACUUGCGAGCCCGUUACGAGGAGAAAGUGGCACUACUGGAGAGAGAGAAUAAAAGGUUAUCUGCUCAGAUCUCGGGUUCUAGUACAACUAAUGGAACAGCUGAACAAACAGAACAUAGUGAGCAGGGAGUGGAACUAUCACUCAACCCCAUUUCACCUCCAUGAAGAUAUUUCAAUAUUUCAUAAAAAAAUAUGUUUUGUGUAUGUAUGCAAUAAAGGGAAUUUAUUUUACUAAA